UGUGACGUCACAAUCCACUUCUGUGUCUAAACUGCCUCAAAGCCAAAUGGCGGAGAGCAUCGCCCUCUACACAGACUGCUUAAGUUGUGACUUAACAUUCUGUUUCUGGGUCCAAACUUAGGUUCAUUCUCCUUCUCUCCAUAUAAGUGUUGUUUCCACCAUUGUUUUAGUAGAUCUGAAUCAAAAACCAUGGGUCAGGUGUCAUAUAUAUGUGUGUGUGUGUUAAACAGCCACAGGUUCAACUUCUCAAGUUCGAGGAUUUUAUGCUUUUCUUUGUCAUGUAUGAUAGUAACUCACUAUCUUUGGGUUUCAGACUGAUGACACAUAAAACAAGGAAUAGGAAGAUGCCACCACAAGCUCUUGGGAAUUAUAAUGUUCCUCCUGGCCAUGCAACUGGUGAUCCGGCCAUACAGUCCCUCCGACAAGGACGCCGUGCUCACUCUGUACAGCGUUGGCAUGUGUGAGCACAUCCAUCCAUGUUUUCAUAAUGCCAUGACCAGCCCUCUCUACCUCGCCAUCACCCUGACUCUGUGUGUUGCUGGCUAUCUCCUCAGCUCUGUGUUAGGGGCUGUGAUGCUACUGGGAGUCUGGGUGGGCCUUGUCUACUACUGCUGUCAUGAGGUAUAUGCUGCCGGCGUCAGGGAGAGACUCCGGACAGACAUGCAGGACAUACCUGGGAACUAUCUGAGCAGACCGGAUGACUGUUUCUGGGUGGCUGAGGCUGAGGUUGAUGGGAGGGCACAGAUCAUGGGUAUAGUGGCUGUGGUGGCCCAACAAAGUGAGACAGAAAGAUAUGGUACACUGACCAGGGUGGUCAUCUCACCACUGUGUAGACGGAUGGGCGUGGGCUGCAGGAUGGUUCAGACUGUGAUUGACUUCAGUAAGGAGCGAGGCUUCUCCAAGGUGAUGCUUGAGACCACCUCCCCUCAGAUAGCCGCUGUGGCCCUGUACAAGAAACUGGGGUUCAGGCAUGUCCUUUCAUACAGUCCCUUUGGGGUUUUUAAGUUGGCCAGGGUCAUUAUUUUUAGAAUGGAAAAACACCUGUAAGCCUGAAAGAACCCUGAUCAGCUACUGUUCCUGUUUCACUGGGGUUUAAGAUAUUUGCAUUGCACUUGUCUGAAGCCAUGAUUUGUAUGCAGGUCUUUUCCUGCAUAGAUAACUAUUAAGGUGCUGUCUCCGUCAAAUUUUCUACCACAUCCACCUCUUGACAAAACUCUGGUGGGUGUCUUCUUGGAAAGUCCUGUUUUCUAACCAGUUUUGCACUUGGUGGAUUUCAUUUUUAACUGUAAUGGCGGCAUUACACCGAUAUGAUGGCACUGUUCAGGUACUGUUCAGGUUCAGGUUCCCAUUAUUGAUAAGGUUCAGGUUUAGGUUCCUUUUAC